UACUAUUAAUUUUUCAUCUCCAUGUAGGCAAGAAAAGAAAUUUCCGAAAUAUCUGAUAAUGGCAAGUGGUCCUUCAUUUAUUAUGCAGCUAGAGUUAUCUAAUCUAUAUAAAAAAUAUCAAUAAGCUGGUGGAAAUCUGAGCAAGAGGUUGAUAGUUGAUACUGUCAUAGGUUUGAUUAUUGAGUUUUUGCCUUUGUAUUGAUUUCUUUUUUUAGUUGGUGUUAUCAGAUGGGCUUCAUUUGAAACCCUUCAAUCAUUUUCUUACCCAGAAAAAACUUUCUUCCAAGAAUUCUGUGGUUUUGAAGCUUAAUGGGACAAAGCACUCAGCUGCUUCAGCUGCUGCUGCUGCUUUUCAUGCAAUAUUUGGUUAUUGCAGUGACAGCCAACAAUGCCACAAAUGACCAUCUUGGUUUACUGUCUCUCAAGGACGAAUUGCAGAACACACCAAAAUCUUGGGUGGGAGCUGAUCCUUGUGGUGGCAGUUGGGAAUUGAUUAAUUGCACUAAUUCACGUGUGACCUCCAUAAUAUUAAUAAGCAUGGGUUUGUCAGGGAAGCUAACUAGCGAAAUCUGGCAGUUGUCAGAGUUACAGAUUUUGGAUCUAUCUUACAACAUUAACAUAACAGGACAACUUCCAAGUUCAAUUGGGAAUUUAACUAAACUUGUAAACCUAAACUUGAUUGGUUGCAGUUUCUCUGGCUUAAUUCCAGGCACAAUAGGAAACCUAAAGCUGCUAAGUAUUCUAUCUCUAACUAAUAAUAGCUUCAAUGGACCAAUUCCAGCUUCUAUUGGUUCUCUUUCCCAACUUUACUGGCUUGAUCUCGCCAAUAACCAGCUUGAAGGAGCCCUACCAGUUUCUAAUGCGACUGCACCUGGUCUUGAUAUGCUACUUAAUGCAAAGCACUUUCAUCUGGAAAAUAAUAAGCUCUCAGGAAACGUUCCACCUAAACUUUUCAGCUCAUCAAUGAUUCUAAUACAUUUGAUUCUUCGAAGCAAUAAACUCACUGGCAGGAUUCCAAAAACCCUUGGACUUGUGCAGUCUUUGGAGGUGAUCCGCUUUGAUAGGAAUUCAAUAACAGGACCCGUGCCUUCGAACCUCAACAAUCUUGUAAAAGUUAGCGAACUGUACUUGUCCAACAAUAACCUGUCUGGUCCGAUUCCCAACCUUACUGGCAUGAAUUCCCUCAACUAUUUAGAGAUGGAAAACACGCAACUUCAAGGAGAAGUUCCUGUUUCCUUAUUCAGCCUUCACAAUUUACAGACUGUAUUAUUAAAGAACAACCAGCUCAGUGGUUUCUUAAAUAUUAGCACCACCUAUAGCACCCAAUUGCAACUCAUUGAUCUACAGAACAAUUCGAUUUCUAGCUACAUAGAUACCAUUGGAGGGUACAACCGAAAAUUGAUACUUGAGGACAACCCAAUUUGCGAGUCACAGAACAUCAAAAGUAGUUACUGCACAGUUUCCCAACCAAAUAAUGGCCCAUCAUACUCGACUCAACCAAAUAACUGUCAGCCUAUUUCCUGCAGUUCGGGUCAAGUUUCCAGCCCCAACUGUUUAUGCGUAUAUCCAUACAGUGGAACUCUAGUUUUCAGAGCAACUUCCAUCUCAGACUUGGGAAACUCAAGUCACUACACAGAACUUGAGGCGUAUCUUAUGAAAUCUUUUGAAAAACUGCCUGUAAAUUCAGUCUCCCUGAGUAACCCAAUCAAAGACUUUUCUGAGGACUUUAAAAUAAGACUACAAGUCUUCCCAUCUGGCCAAGGUUGUUUCAAUCGAACAGGACUUUCUCAGGUUGGGUUUGUGUUCAGCAAUCAGUUUUUUAAGCCCCCACAAGGUUUUGGACCUUACUAUUUUUUAGCUGAUCCUGUUCCAUAUGAUUGCUAUGCAGAAACCAAAAAGUCUUUGAGUAUAGGCGUUAUAAUUGGAGCAGCAGUUGGUGGCACUGUCCUGCUUCUAUUAUUACUCCUUGCAGGGGUCUAUGCUUUCCGCCAAAAGAGAAGAGCAGAAAGAGCUUCCGAGCAAUUGAAUCCUUUUUCACAGUGGGAUCCAAAUGGUGGCAGUGGUGGCAUUCCUCAAUUAAAAGGAGCAAGAUGCUUCUCCUUUGAAGAGCUUAAGAAGUACACCAACAAGUUUUCUGAAGAAAAUUCUAUUGGAUCUGGUGGUUAUGGGAAGGUUUAUUGGGGGACUCUUCCCACUGGUCAACCGAUUGCCAUCAAACGAGCUCAGAAAGAAUCUUUGCAGGGUGGACAUGAGUUCAAAACUGAGAUUGAACUUCUAUCAAGGGUUCAUCAUAAGAAUCUGGUUAGCCUUGUUGGUUUUUGUUUUGAUCAAGGUGAACAAAUGCUUGUAUAUGAGUAUGUUCCAAAUGGUACUUUGAAGGAUAGCCUCUCAGGGAAGUCAAGAAUUAAGUUGGAUUGGAUGAGGAGACUAAAAGUAGCCCUAGGUGCAGCAAGAGGACUGGCCUAUCUUCAUGAACUUGCCAACCCUCCUAUUAUACACAGGGAUAUUAAAUCAACCAACAUUCUGCUUGAUGAGCGCAUAAAUGCAAAAGUUGCUGAUUUUGGUCUCUCUAAACCUAUGGGUGAUGAUGAAAUGGAUCACGUCACCACUCAAGUGAAGGGCACAAUGGGCUACUUGGAUCCUGAGUAUUACAUGACCCAACAGUUGACUGAAAAGAGUGAUGUAUAUAGCUAUGGAGUGGUAAUGUUGGAGUUGGUAACUGCAAGAAUGCCAAUUGAACGGGGGAAAUACAUUGUCAGAGUGGUGCAGAUGGCAAUGGAUAAAACAAAAGUAUUAUACAACCUUCAUGAAAUUCUUGACCCCGCCAUUGGUUUGCAAACAUCACUGAAAGGAUUAGAGAAGUUCGUGGACCUGGCAAUGAGGUGUGUUGAAGAAUCAGGAGCUAACAGGCCUGCAAUGGGUGAUGUGGUCAAAGAGAUUGAGAACAUAAUGCAGAUAGCUGGUUUGAACCCCAAAGCUGAAUCUGCUUCUGCUUCAUACAGUUAUGAGGUAAGUAAGGGGAAUUCUGGCCAUCCUUACUGCAAUGAGACCUUUGAGUUUGAGUACAGUGGGGCUUUUCCAACUUCAAAGAUAGAGCCUCAUUGAGUGUGUGCUUUUUUACAUUUUGAAUGAUGAGCUACGUGCUUUAUAUUGGAUAGGGGAUGUUGUUUUCACAUGGCAAAGAAUCAGAAUUUGUAAUUGAAAUGGAUGAUAUAAUUUUAUUUUUUUAUACUGUGGAGAAUAUUCCUAGCUUGUUAAUAAUAUAUAUAGCGGAAUGAUUAUGUUUU